GCCAGAAGAGAGCACCAGAUCUCAUUACAGAUGGUUGUGAGCCACCAUGUGGUUGCUGGGAAUUGAAUUCAGGACCUCUGGAAAAGCAGACCGUGCCCUUAACAUCUGAGCCAUCUCUCCAGUCCAUUUCUCCCUAGGUUUAAGUCACCUAGGAUUGAAGUCUGUCAAGUGCAGUCCUGCGGUGUGACACAAGAUGGAAGUGUGUCAGGAACUGCGGAAACCAGCGAUAAGCCUGGAGUGUGGUCACUGCAGUUUCCGAGGCACCGAUUACGAGAACGUGCAGAUCCACAUGGGCACCAUUCAUCCUGAGUUCUGUGAUGACAUGGAUGCUGGAGGACUGGGCAAGCUCAUCUUUUACCAGAAGAGCGCCAAGCUCUUCCACUGCCAUAAGUGCUUCUUCACGAGCAAGAUGUACUCCACGGUGUACUACCACAUCACAGCCAAACAUGCGGCUGCAGACAAGUGGGCUGACCAGCCGAAAGAGCAGCUGAGCAAAGAGAUGGAGUCUGGGAAGAGCCCGCCCCUUCCUGAACCUCAGAACACAGCCUUUGACCCAGCAGAAGUGAGGCCCACUCCAGCCCUCCCCACAGAAACACAGAAAACUAGUCCGAGUUUGUCUCCAGAGUCACAAGCCUCUGUUCCUCCGGUUCUGGAGCCUCAGAGCUCUGGUCCUGUUAUUUUACCCGAGCCACAAGCCCCUUGUCUUCCUGCUGAGACCUCAAAAACUUCUCCUGUUUCUUCCCCUGAGUGUCUAGACCCACCCUGUGAGCUUCCUGAGCUGGAGAAGCCGGAGCAAGUCCCUUCUCCUGAGUCAGUAAAGUCUGCUCUUGUCAGCUCCAAACCCCAGAAGCAUUCUCCCUUUGCAGAUACAGGGGCUCCCCCUUCAGCCUUGUCUCCAGAGUCACCGGUUCUAGCCACUUCUCCUGAACCCUGGGGCCCAUCCCUCAGUGCAUCUCCAGAGUCUCGGAAGCCAGCGAGGACUGCCUCACCUGAGCCAAGGAAGCCAUCCCCAUCAGAGUCUCCUGAACUUUGGAAGCCGUUCCCUGCCAUCACUGCAGAGCCACGGAGACCAACCCCAGCAGUAUCACCAGGUUCCUGGAAGCCAGGGCCACCUGGUUCUCCUAGGCCUUGGAAAUCCAGUCCUUCAACAACAUCAGGACCGUGGAAGUCAUCUAAACCUGCUCCACCUAUGUCUCCUGGACCUUGGAAGCCAAUACCUUCUGUAUCACCUGGGCCUUGGAAACCUGCUCCAUCUAUGUGCACUGCAUCCUGGAAGUCUUCAGUCUCAUCUGGUUCCUGGAAAACGCCACCCACAUCUCCGGAGUCAUGGAAGUCUGGUCCACCUGAACUCCGAAAGACAGCCGUUCCCUUGUCGCCUGAUCAUUGGAAGGCAGUGCCCCCUGUGUCUCCUGAGCUCCGCAGACCAGGCCCACCACUUUCCCCAGAGAUCCGAAGUCCAGCAGGUUCUCCAGAGCUCAGGAAGCCUUCAGGGUCACCAGACCUUUGGAAGCUUUCUCCUGACCAGCGCAAAACUACUCCUGCUUCACUUGAGUUCCCCGAGUCCCAGAAAAGUUCCUGUGGUAAUUCUGAUCUCUGGAAGUCUUCCUUCAUUAUGGAAUCUCAGAAAUCUAAUGUCUUCUCUGAGACGAGGAAACAUGCUGCUUCUGGCUCGGCUGAGUCACCGAAGGUAGCCUCAGACAUAUGGAAGCCUGUCCUGUCUACCGAUGGUGAGCCUAGGAAGUCCACAGUGUUUCCUGAGCCCACCAAGGCAGUCCUUCCUGCAUCUCCCGAGCCACGGAAACGUGCACUUUUCCCAGAGUCCCGGAAGCACGUCCUUUUACCUGAGCUGCCCAAAUCCGCCGUGUUCUCAGAGGCCCAGAAGGCCACGGAGCUUAGUGAGGAAAUACAACUUGAAGCUGUGGACAAUGCAAAAUGUGAUAGUCUGGUCCAGGAAGGGCUUCUGGCUACACCCAAGAAACUGUUAGACGAUGCUCUAUUUCCUUCUUCCAAGAAGCUCAAGAAGGAUAGCCAGGAGAACUCGGACGCUGAGCUCAGUAGCAGUGAGUACAUCAGAGCAGAUUUAGACGCCUUGGACAUGAAGGGCCAGGAGUCAAGCAGCGAUCAGGAACAGGUGGAUGUGGAGUCUAUUGAUUUUAGCAAAGAGAAUAAGAUGGAGAUGGGUGGUGUAGAGCAGGCCAAAAACGUUCUUCAGUUCACCGAGGAGAAGGAGGCCUUCAUCUCUGAGGAGGAGAUCGCAAAGUACAUGAAGCGUGGAAAAGGGAAAUAUUACUGCAAAAUCUGUUGCUGUCGGGCCAUGAAGAAAGGCGCUGUUUUGCACCAUUUGGUUAAUAAGCACAAUGUCCACAGCCCAUACAAGUGCACAAUCUGUGGAAAAGCAUUUCUUUUGGAGUCUCUCCUUAAAAAUCACGUAGCAGCCCAUGGGCAAAGUUUACUGAAAUGUCCUCGCUGUAAUUUUGAAUCAAAUUUCCCAAGAGGCUUUAAGAAACAUUUAACUCACUGUCAGAUCCGGCAUAAUGAAGAGGCAAAUAAGAAGCUGAUGGAAGCUCUCGAGGCGCCAUUGGAGGAGCCGCAGAUUUAAUUUUCGGACAUUGACCCUUGCUCUACAGUGUUGCUUGCCAAACUCGUAGGUUGUUGAGUAGCCUAAAUGAAUCAGUAGCCAGUGUGUGUGUAGUGACUGUAGCUUGUUUGUCUAAGUAGUGUUACAAAGAAUAAGUACUUGGUUAUUUUUUCAUAUGGUCUCUUGUUUGUGUGUCUGGCUAUUUUAUAAGUCAGUACAUUUCUGUUAUAGAUUCCAGAUGGAUAUGACUCAUUUUCCUUAAGCAUGUUUUAGUCAUAAUACAAGGAGUGGGGAAAGUAGGCAGGCCAUUUAGCAAACAAGCAAGUUUAGACCUAAUCAGAGCCUUUCUUCUCCUCCACCGUGUGUGCUCGUGUGUGUGCGUGUGUGUGUGUGCGUGUGUGUGCGCACGUGCAUGCAUUUGUGUGCGUGCGUGCUGUGUGUGUGUGCGCGUGUGCUCUGUGUGUGUGUGUACACGUGUGUAUGUGCGUGUGCGCGCACACGUGUGUGUGUGUGUGUACACGUGUGUAUGUGCGUGUGCGCGCACACGUGUGUGUGUGUGUGUGUGCGCACGUGUGUGAGUACGUGUGUGAGUGUGUGUGUGAGUGUGACUGAUUUCAGAACAUAGAGAUAAUUAGAUGAGCUCCGUGGUGGAGUCUUGCCUAGCAUGCUUUUGCAUACUUUCAGUCCCAGGGCUCUAUCCCCAGUACCUUAAAAAAAAUAAAUAAAUAAAAUAAAAAAGGAAUGUAUGAGAAUUGAGCAUGAAAAGUAAAUUUGAGAAGAAUUUUGUUAAAUGUACUUUUGAACCAUGUCUUAUAUCUUAUUUUUUCAUGUAAAAUUAGUUUAUAAAUCUUGAAUAUUUUCUUGUGUUCAUUAAUGUUUAUGUUAUAGAGCAGCGGUUCUCAACCUGGAGGGGGAUGACCCUUUCACAGAAAGCACACAUAUCUACAUUAUGAUAAUAGCAAAGUUAGUUAUGAAUCAGCAAUGAAACAGUUUUAUGGUGGGGGGUCACAGCACUAGAAGGCUGAGGCCUGCUGUGAGGACAGUUAAAGAAAGGGUCACUGGUUUGCGGCUGAUAGGAAAGCUGAGCAGGUCUUUAAAGCAGUUUUGGUAUUUUCUGCAGGCUGAGAAGGACACCACUUUCCUGUAGUUCUUUGCGAUGAAGUCUUCCUUGUGGGGGUCUUGCCUUUCACUUCUCUGCCAGUUCCCAUCAACAGAUGAUCCUUAAUUGCCAAAUGUGUUAGUGUUUGUACCUCCUACUCUGGGCCGAAUGUACUUUGUGUUGGGGCUCAAGACCUGAGCAUUGAGCAGGAGCGGAAAGUCUUCCAGAUGCACAGUAAAGAGUUCACAAACAGCGCUGGUGUGGCAGCGGUACAUAGUAGACUCAGACUCUGCCUCUUGGGAGCUGGGUUGAAGAGGGUUCACUUGAGCCCAGCCUAGCCUGGGCAGCACAGUGAAAUCCUGCCUCAAAAAGCAUUCCUGCUUGAAAAGCAUUUUGCUUUUGUUUCACAUGGUUUUGCCAUUGUAAAUACCUUGUAUCUCUCUGUGGAUUAUUCUAACAUAUUUUGUUAAAUGUGUAUCAACCAAAUUAAAAAGGCUUUCAUGUUAA